UUUGAGGGUCAUGUCAUUGUCAACAAAUCGAAAAUUUUGUUGAAGUAGAGUGUAUAAACAUAAAAUAAUUCUUACUUAAUACUUACUAUAUUCUUAGCCUAUUUAGGCCAUAAUAUGUAUUCGCAAGUAUUGUAAUUAAUGUGUCGGUAAAUCAGAAAGAAUGCCUGCAGUUAUUUUAUUAGACGUUUCAUUGUCGAUGUCAAGACCAGUGGUAACAACUGAUACAACGGAAAGCCACACACGAUUUACAAUAGCUACAGCGGCUAUAAACACAUUUCUGGACUACCUAUGCGUCCAUGCAAAAUUGGAAUAUGUUGCAUUAGUUACUUUUUCUUCAUCAUACGAAGUUGCUGUUCCUUUCACUCGAGAAUUUGACAAUAUCCGUGUGAAGUUGCCACAAUUAGAAGAAGGAGACAAAACAUGUAUUGAGACAGCUCUGCAUGGAGUAAACCAACUGGUGUUAAAUGAAUGGGGCUAUCAAACUCCAGUUCAAAUUAUCCUGAUUACUGAUGGCAGUUGUGGUGUAGGUGCCAUCGGAAGGAACCGUAUCAUUCAAGCACUGCCACUACCACCUACUUUCCCAGCAAAACUACAUAUUAUACCAGUAGUGUCGCCGCAUGAAACCUGCUUGCUACAUGCUAUGCCAUUGUAUCAGAAGAUUGUGGACCUUGCUAGCAACACAACAAAUAAUUCAAAUGCCAGUCUAAUGAGAGGUGCUAUUUACUGUCCUGAUCAACUGACUGUACCUGGUGUAGUAGCGGCAAUGACCCGUCUCUGUGAGCAGCACUACCAGGAGUUUUGGUGUACGCUCAAGUGCGGGCAGCUCGAGUCCAGAGUGCAGAUAUUCCCCGCGCCGCAGCCCGCCUCGCACGACGGUGUGGUAGCGAGCCACACUCUGUCCAACCAGCUGCAUGUCAUUGGAUUCCUGCAACAGCAGGAUUUAGGCACGCCAAUAGCUAUAAGCAAGCACUUGGUGAUACCGCAAGCGCAGGCCUGCAGCAAUUCCGCUACACGUGAAAAUUACGACCCCAAGACUCCUACUAAGGAAGGAAGUAGCGCUGAAGGAACAUCAACAGAUGAAGAUAACAUAUCGGAUCCAAGCAAAGUGCCUAACUUCUGUGUUCUAUUACAUGGAGCACUAAAGGUGGAAGGCAUGGCGGCUAUAGUCCAGCUGGGCUCGGAGUGGUGGGGCACGGUAUCGGCGUGGUGCGAGGUGUCGCGCGCGCGCCGCUCGUGUUUGCUGCUUAGCGUGCUGCGCCCGGGGUCUUCGGCCGCGCCCUGGCUGGGGGCUCUGGACCAACUGGGCCCGGCUGACGAGAGCGGCACUACGACGGAGACGUUCCCCGUACGCUCGUGGCGCUCGUACAGCGGCGGCGGCUCGGGCUGCGCGUGGGCGCGCCCGCACGCGCUGCUCGCCGAUGUGCAGAAGGUGCUGCGCCACGCCAGGAAACUGCCCGACAAGACGCAACAUCUCUACAAGGAGUUGAACCGUCUACGACGUGCGGCCAUCUCGCUCGGUUUCUCGGAGCUGCUGACUUGCGUGGGCAGCGCUCUAGAGCGCGAGUGCACCGUGUUGCCGUCGUCCGCGCCGCCCGAGUGCGCGCUGCAGCUGGCGCACGCCGCCGCCGCGCUGCGCGACCCCCGGACGGCGCUCGACAUCAAACACACGCUGCAGCCGCUCGCCACCAACUUCACUGUCACUUCCAUGUCUCAUUAAAUGUUUAUUUAUAAUUUA